CCACUUUUCAAUCAUCCACGCACUGUGCUCAGCUACAACUAGUCGCAACAUGGCGACCGAAAGCCAGAUCGACAAGCGGUUUACAGAGGGGUUCAAUGAAGCCAAUGAUCACUACCGUGACGACCGGCUGGAGGAAUGCGUCGCUAAAGCUCGCGAGCUCCUCAACGACCCUGCCAUCCCACGAUACUAUCGUAUGAGAACGCUUGUGCUACUUGGCUCAACACUCGGCGAAUGGGGCGAGGCCAACGACUGUCGUCUUGAAGCUGAGGCAAUGUGGCGCAUAGUACGGCGUUGGCACCCACUUGGGGAAGAUGUUGAGGUUGACCGUCUCAUGGCCAUCAUACGCGAGUCGCUCGAUGACUUGGAUCGCGCGCUAAGGGAAGAGGACCUGUUGGAUUCCCAUUAUGAGGAUGAGGAACAAGAAGCUGUGGAUUCAGUCGACGACGAAUUUGCUAAUGCAGGAGAGUCGAUGGAGGGGCUUCAUAUGGACGAAGGGACAUAUAUCCCCACGAAAGCAUCGGCUGAGGAAUCAGAUAACCAGGAGACGGAGACGGAAACGGAGCAGAAACUGGAAAGCGAAUAGAUACAUAGUGCUUACAUGUAUUCGCCAAGACACUACAAGAGGUUUUUCUAACCGAUCAGUGCCA